CCGUAAUGGCACCACCUGUUUUUAAUGGUGAUAACUAUCAGAUUUGGGCGGUAAGGAUGGAAACUUAUCUAGAUGACAUGGAUAUGUGGGAGGUAGUCGAAGAGGAUUAUGAAGUUCCUCCGUUGCCUAACAAUCCUACUAUGUCCCAGAUCAAAAACCAUAAAGACAGGAAAACCAGAAAAUCAAAGGCAAAGGCCUGUUUAUUUUCAGCAAUAUCUUCUUCAAUCUUCACUCGAAUUAUGUCUCUAAAGUCAGCAAAAGUCAUCUUGGAUUAUCUCAAGGCAGAAUACGAAGGGGAUGAAAGGAUCAGAGGUAUGUAAGUGCUAAAUCUUAUAAGAGAUUUCGAGAUGCAAAAGAUGAAAGAAACUGAAACCAUCAAAGAUUACUCUGAAAGGCUCUUGAACAUAGCAAACAGGGUAAGAUUGCUUGGUUCCGUGUUUAAU